UGAGCCGUGUGAUCCAAAAUAUGACCGUUGUAAACGCUCCAACAUCUGUUUCAAUUUAAACCCAUUCUCUUGAUCAAUAAAAUAAUAAAAGGGAGACUACGAAAGACACUGUUUCCACCAACAUAAGCGAUUUCUGAAGUACUCUGUUUUUUUCAUUCAUCGAUCAUGUAUUCAGCUUCAACCAUGAACAAGCCUCCAUUGCCCAGAUCUCCGUCGCGUCUUCGACCGCCGCAAGUUCUCCGAUCAUCAAACUCUUUCUCUCUUCAAACCCCACCAGGUUCUUUGACGAAAUCUCAGAAGCGUGUUCUCUCUCCGAAUAUGCGACCGGAGUACCUCACGAUUUCGUCCGAGAUUCGGGCUCUGGCGAAGAUGGUCAGCGACGAAGGCAGUGACGUGAAUCUGGAGAAAGCGGCGGGUGGGUAUUCUUGCGGUGUGAAAUCAAGUGCUCUGUUCGAGAGGGGGAAAUUCUACGACGAGUAUUCUGCUAGGAGGAACGAGAGGCUCAUGAGGAAGAGAGGUGUAACUGCAGUGGAUGAAGGUAAGGUUAAACCGGUUCGCGCUCUUGGGGUUUCAGUGGAAUCUGGAAAGAAGAGUAGUGUGAGAAAGAUUGGAAAUUUGAGAAAAUCUAUUUCUGCUGCUUACUCUGCCGGGGUGAGUGAAACACCAAGGUACAUGCUCAGAAGCAUGACCAAGGAAAACAAAAAGCCUCCUCUGGCUACAAAAUCUGACAAAUCUGUUGUGGCUGGGGAGAAGAGAAUGGGAACAAGAGCAAGAAGGAUUUAAAACGGAAGGUUUUAUGUCUUUUUGGGAGGGGAGUUUUUUUUUUUUUUUUUUAAAUAUUUGGGAGGGGAGAAGGAGAACCUGAUUUAAUUUGAUGUUAAAGGUUGAAUCUUGUUCUCUCAUCUGGUCAUAUACUUUGUUUUUUACUUGGAAAUUGGUGUUACAGUUAUUCGAGUAUAUGUCAGUAUAUAUAGAUCAUCUUCUUUCUGAUUCAUCAUCUGUUUUCUGAUUCAGGUAUGAUAAACUAUAUGGCAAUAUACAUCAUUAUUCGUUGGA